AUGGCGGCGACCGAACGGGUGGACGACGCGGCCGAGCGGCGCCGUCGUGCCUGCGCGCUGCUGGACGCCACCACCCCCGGCCGCAGCCUCGCCGUGGGGCGGUGCAAGCUGGCGCUCGAGACGUUCCGGAGCGACCGCGGCGGCGGCGGCCUGAGGGAGGCGGGCACGCUCCUCGGCGACGCGCUCUUCUGCAGCAACGUGCACCACCCCGCCAUCUACCAUGCCUGGAUCGGCAUGGAGGUGGAGGCCGGCACCGACGCCACUCGCGUCCGGGAGCUCUUCGAGGGCUGGCGCAUCUGGUACCUCCGCGUCCGCGGCGCCAGGAACAGGGACGACGACGGCGAGGAGGAGGAGAGGCGGCCCAGCCAGGACGAGGGCGGCUUCUGGUGCCACUACAUCGACUUCGAGCUCCGCCACGGGACCGCCGCCACCGCACGCCAAGUACGCCAAGGCGGAGCUGCGCCUGGGGUGCCCCGAUCGCGCCACCGCCGUGCUCUUGAGAGCCCUCGACGUCUUCGCCGUGGACGCGAGAACACGAGAGUGGCUGGAGAAGGAGGUGACAGCGACUCCAUGCGCCAAGGGAGCUGA